AUGAAAAAAAGAAUGAUGGUCAAAAGUGUAAGGUCCAAGCCCAGAGGUGGCCCAUCGAAAGGGGCCGGUGGUGGUGAUGGUGAUAGCGGUGGAGGUCGCGACCGACAAUGUUAUAACUGUGGAAAACAUGGGCAUAUGUCCCGGGAUUGCGCCAAGUUCAGAGGUGGCCCGUCAAAAAGGGGCGGUGGUGGUGGCAGGGGUCGUGAUGGCGGUAGGCGGAGGGGAGGUAAUAGGGGUGGUGAUGGUGGACGGUCUAAUGAAGACGGCCUCGCCGCGGCCGAAGAAGGACCUCAAUCAGACGACCGCCGGAACUCCGCAGCCGCCAAACGUAAGGGAUAUAUUAGUGAAAACGUGGUGACGGAGCGGUUGUGUGAAAACGACAAUGAUGCUGUUGCUCGCGUCUGUGAGGUAUACGACAGGGGUACUUCCGUCGAAAACGGCGAAUCGGUCGACGACACCGCGUAUUGGCGGCCGGUGGUCGACGAUGGUGUGGAGGCGUUGGAAUAA